AUGGGCUCUCUAACGAAAGAUAGUAGUAUUCUAAUUGUAGGAGGCGGUACGUGGGGCUGUUCUACAGCACUGCAUCUCGCUCGUCGCGGAUACAAAAAUGUCAUUGUAUUGGAGGCCCAUCCCAUUCCCUCACCCAUCUCUGCUGGUAACGAUGUCAACAAAAUCAUGGAAGAAGGCGAGCCAUCGGAGACUGAUACCGAAGAGCAAUAUGUUUGGAACCGUAUGCACCAGCUCACAACAAGAUACUGGAAAGAGGACCACGUGUUCAAGUCAUUCUACCACCCCACUGGUAUAAUCUUCAGCGCCAUAUCGGAUGAUGUGUAUGGGCACGUCAAAGGAUACACUAAGGGUACAGAGAGCGAGUGGGUGGCGCUGAACUCACCUGAAGACUUCAAGAAGACCAUGCCGGAGGGUGUGUUGCAAGGUGACUUCCCCGGUUGGAAAGGGUUCUGGAAAGAUCACGGCGCCGGCUGGUUGUUCGCUCGCGGUGCCAUGGUAUCCGCAUAUGAGGAAGCCUUGAAGUUAGGCGUCAAGUUCAUCGCCGGCGAUCCAGCAGGAAAGGUGACAUCGCUUCUCUUUUCAGACUCCAAGGAUACCAUCACAGGUGCACAAACAGCGGAUGGCACCUCUCAUCAUGCCGACCAGACCAUUCUCUGCGCAGGAGCCAAUGGCGACCUGCUCUUCAAUUUCGAGCAGCAAUUGCGACCGACCGCAUGGACAUUGGCCCACAUACCGCUGUCCAUCGAAGAAGCAGCACUCUUCAACAAUCUACCCGUGCUGUACAACCCCGAGCGCGGUUUCUUCGUUGAGCCAGAUGCCGAGAAACGGGAGCUCAAAUUCUGCGAUGAGCAUCCGGGAUACAUCAACAUGGUCAAGACCGCGACCCCUGGGUACCGCGAAGGGACCGCCCACUCUCAACCUUUCGCCCGCCAUCAAAUCCCGGUGGAGAGCGAGACCCGCAUGCGCAAGUUUUUGCAAGAAGCGAUGCCCCAAAUCGCGGAUCGCGACUUUAGUUUUGCGAGAAUCUGCUGGGAUGCGGAUACUGUGGAUCGUCAGUUCUUGAUUGACAGGCCAAAGGGCAAGACGGGAUUGGUAGUUGCGGCCGGUGGUUCGGGUAUGGGAUUCAUGAUGAUGCCGGUAGUUGGACAGCUGAUUGUGGACCGUAUGGAAGGUGUGUUGGAGGAGAAAUUGCAGAAAGGGUUGAGAUGGCGACCCGAGCAGGCGAUUGGGAGGGAUUGGCAAGCCAUUCAAGACAGACAUGGUGGUGAAGGAAAAAUCAUGGACUUCCACGAUGUCAAAGGAUGGACAAGCGGCAAGGGCGACUGA